AUGCCUGAAGAUGCCGGUAGACCCUGGAAUCUUACAGAAUUCCAAGAGGAAAGACUAAAGUUAUUAUGGACUCUUUUAUUUAAACUCUUUGAUAAACCCAUCCUCGAACGAACCAACUCUUGGUCAACGGCGAAAACUCAUCUUUCCACCCCCAGCUCUUCUGAUUCUCCUGCAAAUUCAUCUGAAUCGAGUUUUGUUUCUUAUACAAGAUCUCAACUUGAUGCAUUUUCCUCCUCUCAUGCUUCGGAGUCUCGAGAAGCAAAAUCCAGACCCACAGGCUGUGCCGAGCGUAUUGCUAAAAUCGCCUCCGAAUGGGAUCCAGAAGACUUGCGACUUGCUUUCUGGGAUUCCGUAAACUGUGACGACCCUGAUGGCCUUUUGCUCCGGUUCCUACGAGCCAGAAAGUGGAAUGUUGAAGCUGCUUUAGAAAUGUUUAUAAAGACUGUUCAUUGGCGUAGUCGUGAAAUGAACGUUAGCGAUAUUAUUUAUCAUGCUGACCAUCUUGACAAAGACGAUGAUUUUGUUCGUCAAUUACGAAUCGGUAAAUGCUUUAUUUUUGGUGAAGAUAAAAAAAACCGUCCUGUUUGCUAUAUCCGUGCUCGUUUACACAAAGCCGGUGAUGUUUCUCCCGAAUCCGUGGAGCGCCUUACGGUUUGGGUCAUGGAAACCGCCCGGCUUAUUUUAAAACCGCCCAUUGAAACUGCCACCAUUGUUUUUGAUAUGACAGACUUUAGUCUUUCAAACAUGGAUUACGGCCCUUUGAAGUUUAUGAUUAAAUGCUUUGAAGCUCAUUAUCCUGAGUGCUUGGGUGAAUGUAUUGUGCACAAAGCCCCCUGGCUUUUCCAAGGUAUUUGGUCCUUUAUUAAAUCAUGGUUAGAUCCAGUCGUUGUUUCAAAGAUCAAGUUUACCAGAAAUGUAAAAGACUUACAACAAUACAUUAAAGCAGACAGCAUCUUGAAAGAAUUCGGUGGGCCCAACCCUUGGAAGUACACUUACCCAGAACCUGGUCAAAAUGAAUCAGAGGCGUUGAACAAUGUUGAUGAGAGACAAAAGUUAAAAUCAAAAAAAGAUAUGAUUGCUCAUGAUUACGAAGAAGCGACCGUUGACUGGAUCCUUAAUGGUAAUCCAGAAGAUAAACAGCGUCGCCGCCAGCUUGCCGGGCAACUUAUUGAAUCGUAUUGGUCGUUGGAUAAAUAUAUUAGAGCACGUUCCGUUUAUGACCGUAUGGGUUUAAUUGCACCCAAGUCUUCUCAUCCAGUUUAUCUCUAUCAACCAAUGACUAACGAUGAUACACAAGCAACAAGAGAGCCUGUGGUUGGAUUGUCUAAUGAAGAAAAUUUAUAA